UUGGACUUGUCUGAUGAGUAAUUGGAUCACUGCAUUUGCCUACAAAGAAAUCCUUGAUUUUUGGCUUCACAAUGGAAGAACGAGGACAAAGGCGCCGAGUGAAGUGCUGGUGGCUUGCCGGGAUUUUGUUGCUGUGUUUUGUGGAGCGGAUUUUGGCUCAGCUAAGAUACUCUGUUCCAGAAGAAAUACAAGUGGGAUCACCUGUUGGAAACGUUGCAAAGGAUUUAGGGCUUGACAUUGGUACUUUAAAAGACAGGCGGUUUCGCAUUGUUUCGGGACCCAAUCACUCUCUGUUUCAGUUAAAUCAAAACAAUGGAGUGUUGUAUGUUGGACAAAUAAUGGACCGGGAGGAGCUCUGUGGUGGAAACAAGGUCUGUUUGAUAAAUCUGAAAAUUGUUGUUGAAAGUCCGCUGGAAAUACAUUACGUUGGUGUUGAAAUAACGGAUGUUAAUGACCAUUCACCCACUUUCCCAGAACGCGAGCAGCGCCUGGAAAUAGCGGAGCACACUCCCCCGGGUACUCGUUUCCAAAUUCAUGCGGCGAGAGACCCCGAUGUCGGUACCCAGUCAGUCCGAUUAUAUAAAUUGAGUCCAAAUGAUUUUUUUGAUAUCGAAAUCAGAGAGAGUGAGGAAGACAAGAUACCGUCUUUAGUGCUGAAAAAGGCGUUGGAUAGGGAGCAAAAGGCAGAACAUCAUUUCGUGUUAACAGCUCUUGAUGGGGGCAGUCCGCCGAAAUCUGGGAGCCUGAAUUUAACCAUAACUGUGCUGGAUACAAAUGAUAAUCGACCUGUGUUCAGUAAAGAUAUAUAUACUGUGUCAUUAGAUGAAAAUGCCCCGAUUGGAACACUUGUCAUACAAAUAAACGCUACAGAUUUAGAUGAAGGUUUAAACAGUGAUAUUGUAUACAUAUUUGGAAAAACGCAAAAGAAAAAAGUGCAUGACACAUUUGAAUUAGACAGCGUCACUGGAGAGAUUCGAGUGAAAGGAAACGUGGACUUUGAGGACACGGAGGUUUACAGACUAGAAUUGCAGGCUUCAGAUAAAGGUCAGCCACCUUGGACUGCUGAAAGUAGAGUUGUGAUAAAAAUAAAAGACGUGAACGACAAUAAGCCAGAUAUUGAAGUAACGUCACUGUCUAACGUAGUCCCAGAAGAUUCAAAGCCUGGCACGGUUAUCUCUCUCAUCAGUGUUACUGACAGAGAUUCGGGCAUGAAUGGGAAAGUUAUUUGUAAAAUCUCAGGUAAUGUUCCGUUUGAUUUGACGCCUUCGAUUGAGGAAAACAUGUACUCUCUUGUCACAAAGGGGCGUUUAGACCGAGAGACUCUGUCCCAUUAUGACAUCACAAUAACAGCUACCGACUGUGGUGAACCUCCACUUUCCACUGUAAAAACCUUGAGUGUUCAGGUGUCUGACGUGAAUGACAACAGACCAAAUUUCAGCCAGAAUCCAUUUGAACUGUAUUUAGUGGAAAACAAUGCCCCGGGCGCAUCGAUAUUCUCUGUAAGUGCUACUGAUGAUGAUCUAAAUGAAAAUGCAGCAAUAAUAUACCACAUAGUGAGAGGUGAUGGCCUGCAGCGUGAUAUGACGUCUUUCCUGAAUGUAAAUUCAGAUAACGGUCACAUUUCCGCUCUGAAAAGUUUUGACUUUGAAACUCUGAAAACGUUCCAGUUCCAAGUUGUUGCCACAGAUUCUGGAACUCCGUCACUAAGCAGCAACGUCACAGUGAACGUGUUCAUUCUGGAUCAGAACGACAACGCUCCAGUCAUCCUGUAUCCAGUCAGCUCGAACGGUUCUGCUGAAGGUGUGGAGGAGAUUCCCCGCAAUGUGAACGCAGGACACUUGGUGACUAAAGUCAGAGCCUAUGACGCUGAUAUAGGAUAUAACGGCUGGUUACUGUUUUCACUGCAGGAAGUUACUGACCACAGUCUCUUUGCUUUGGACCGCUAUACAGGACAGAUCAGAACACUACGCUCAUUCACAGAGACAGACGACGCUGAACAUAAACUGGUCAUACUGGUGAAAGACAAUGGGAACGUUUCACUGUCAGCAACAGCUACUGUGAUUGUCAAAGUUGUGGAACCCAAAGAGGCUUUUGCAGCUUCUGAUGUUAAAAGUGCAACAAAGGAUGAUGACGGGAAUGAUUUCCAAGUUGUUGCCACAGAUUCUGGAACUCCGUCACUAAGCAGCAACGUCACAGUGAACGUGUUCAUUCUGGAUCAGAACGACAACGCUCCAGUCAUCCUGUAUCCAGUCAGCUCGAACGGUUCUGCUGAAGGUGUGGAGGAGAUUCCCCGCAAUGUGAACGCAGGACACUUGGUGACUAAAGUCAGAGCCUAUGACGCUGAUAUAGGAUAUAACGGCUGGUUACUGUUUUCACUGCAGGAAGUUACUGACCACAGUCUCUUUGCUUUGGACCGCUAUACAGGACAGAUCAGAACACUUCGCUCAUUCACAGAGACAGACGAGGCUGAACAUAAACUGGUCAUACUGGUGAAAGACAAUGGGAACGUUUCACUCUCAGCAACAGCUACUGUGACCGUCAAAGUUGUGGAACCCAAAGAGGCUUUUGCUGCUUCUGAUGUCAAAAUAUCAUCGUGCUGA